GUCUUAUCGCUUAUAAGAGGGGGCCUUCCUGGAUUCCUGUUUCUGCUCUCAUCACCAAAAUGCCUUCCCUUAAAAUCGCCGAAUACCUCUUCCGCCGGCUUCGCCAGCUGGGCGUCGAUUCUGUCCAUGGCGUUCCUGGCGAUUUCAACCUAACCCUCCUGGACUAUGUCGAACCUGCCGGGUUGCGCUGGGUCGGCAACGCCAACGAGCUGAACGCCGCCUAUGCUGCCGACGGGUAUGCCAGAAUCAAAGGCAUUGGAGCAGUCGUCACCACCUUUGGUGUUGGAGAACUCUCCGCCGUCAAUGCGAUCGCCGGGGCCUACACUGAACGAGCGCCGGUCGUGCACAUCGUCGGUACCCCUUCCCGGGAGCUGCAGGCCGGACGCAAACUGAUCCACCACACCUUCAACGACGGCGAAUACGGACGCUUUGCCCAGAUCCACGCGCAGUUGACAGUCGCCCAGGCCAGCCUGCGAGACCCUCGUACCAGCCCGGAACAGAUCGACGAGGUGUUGCGCCAGUGUCUCCUUCACAGUCGUCCGGUUUACAUUGAAGUACCGGUGGAUAUGGUGGACCAAUACGUGGCGGAUGACAGACUUGGGGUUGCGAUUAGCCAGCCAGAGGUUGUUCCUUCUCAGACCCAGGAUGACGUGGUAGCUCGUAUUGUGGAGCGCAUCAAUUCUGCAAAGCAGCCGAUCAUUGUCGUCGAUGGGGAGAUUCGACCUUUGGGCAUUGUCGAUGAGGUGCAGAAGCUCGUGAAUGCCACCAAUUGGCCGACCUGGACUACUGUGUUUGGAAAAGGUCUGCUUGAUGAGACAGCUCCUAACGUUCACGGAAUCUACCGAGGCACUUAUGAGCCUGCUGAAGUCCAAGAAUUCUUCAACUCGGCCGAUCUAGUGUUAUGUUUCGGUCCUCAUUUCAGCUCCACCAACUCUUACUUUUACACCACCAUUCCCAACCCCGAAAACGCCAUUUUGUUCACCGAUACGGAAGUCAAGUUCGGCACCGACAUUGUCCGGGAUAUUCCAGCAAAGCUCAUCACACACCUCCUCUUGCAGAAUAUCGAUCUCUCUAGGAUCCACCACUACAACCCCUACCCCAGUCUACCCCGUGACCAGCUACUUUCAUUCUCGGAUGUCGAUGGCAGUAAACCAAUCACACAGGAUAAGCUAUGGCGGCUGUUUGCCAAUUUUCUCCGUCCGGGUGAUAUUGUUCUGGGAGAAACCGGCACGGCAGGUUAUGGUGUACGAGAAAUGGCAUUGCCUCCACACACCCGCAUCUUUGCCCCAGUGACCUGGUUGUCCAUCGGGUAUAUGCUACCAGGAGCACAGGGUGCGGCCCUAGCACAGGAGGAAUUGAUGGCAUCAUCCAAAUACCACGGGAUUAAAGACGCACGCACGAUUCUCCUGAUCGGCGACGGCAGUUUCCAGAUGACGGCGCAGGAACUGGCCACCAUCAUCAACCACAAGCUCAAUGUGGUAGUAUUCCUGAUCAACAAUGACGGAUACACGAUUGAGCGGUGCAUCCACGGCCGUAAGCAGCGAUACAAUGAUGUUCCGCGAUGGAGGUACCUACAGGCUCCUAGUUUCUUCGGCGCGAGUGAAGACACUUUUACCGGCACGGCUCGAACCUGGCGUGAGCUGGAGGACGCUCUGUCCAGCGAGGCAGUGAGUAACGGCAAGGAGUUGCGGAUGGUCGAAGUGUUUAUGGAUCGAGAGGAUGCUCCGACGGGUCCGUUGUCGAUGCUGAUAGAGAAGCAACAAGCGAGUGACGGACUGUAGACAUCUAUACCAGCAUAAGACAUCUACUACAUCAUAAUUCAUCUCAUCUAUUCAUCGGUCUUCCUUAACCAUUUG